AUGGCUAGAAAGGGUUGUAGAGAAUUUCAUAUUGGUGAUGAAGAUAUAAUACAGCUGCUGAUGGCGGAUAAUAGCGACGAAGAAGAUGACCUACAGUUAGACGAAGAAGACCAACAGUUUAUUGAACAAGAUGUAGAAAAUGGGACUGCUGUAGUUGUUAUUGAAGAUUCCGUUUCAAAUGAACGGGACCAGAACAAUCAAAGCGCGUUAUCUUCUUCUUCAGAAACUAUCCCUAUUUUCGGUUGGAGAAAGAACUCAUACGUACCACACGAGUUUCAUGAAAGUGAGUAUGAAUUUGGGCGUAUAAAUAUACUCUCUGACCGGCAGGGCAUGUUGUUACCAAUGGAGAUUUUCAUGGAAGUUACACAACUUGAUCAAUUAGUAUCUGAUAUCAUAGUAAAAGAAAGUAUCAAAUAUGCACAACAGAAUGGCAGACCUUUUACUGUUAGUUUUGACGAAAUGAAGGCGUUUUUGGGCAUGAAUUUUGUUAUGAGUUACCAUGUUUUGCCAACCAUUAGAAAUUACUGGUCAACUGAUGAAGACAUGAGUGUCCCGUUCGUCGCUAAUGUUAUGCCUAGAACUAGGUUUGAGCAAAUUCGUCAAAAUCUACACUUUAGUGAUAAUGAUAAUAACCGGCAAUCAAACGAUCGAGCAUACAAAAUUAGACCCGUUAUGCAACACUUCAAUUUAUGUUUUCAAGCAGCAAUGAAUAACUCAAAAAGACAAUCUAUUGAUGAGCACAUGAUCAAAUUCAAAGGGCAUAACAUAAUGAAACAGUACAUCAAAAAUAAGCCAAUAAAAUGGGGGUUCAAGAUGUGGUGUCGAGCCGAGUCUUCAACAGGUUACUUGUACCAAUUUGAUCUGUACACGGGCAAAAAAACAAACACCGAAGUCGGACUUGGCGAGUCUGUUGUUCUAAGUCUAUCGGAACAGCUAAAGGGUCUAGGUUGCGAAGUGUAUUUUGAUAAUUUUUUCAAUUCGCCUGCUUUACAACAUAAACUAAUGACUCAGAAUACAAAAGCAUGUGGUACUGUUCGCACAAAUAGAAAAAGCGUGCCCAAAUCAUUGCCGACGGAUAAAAGUAUGCAAAGAGGUAACAUUUAUGCUGUAAGUUCAAAUGGAAUAACAUUUACCAAAUGGAUGGAUACUAAAGCAGUUCACAUGUUGACAAAUUUUAUAUCCCCAGUGCAGACUAGUACAAUAAAGAGGAGGCAAGCAGGAACUGCCCAAAAAAUAAACGUUACUUGUCCGGAGGUAGUUAUGCAAUAUAACAAAUACAUGGGUGGUGUGGACCUCAUGGACCAGCGCAAAGCCUGUUAUGAAGUUGAUCGAAAAGCAAAAAUUAAAUAUUAUUUGCGCCUAUUUUUUGAUAUGCUAGAUAUUGCCAUGAAUAAUGCGUAUCUAGUCUACGUAAAGUUGCAUGAAGCUCACCGAGUGGAAGGGCCACUUUUGACUAGUCUAGAGUUUCGCCAGCACAUAGCACGGGGUCUAAUAAAUAAUUUUACAUGCAGGCAGCGAUCUAGGCCAACUUUAGUGUCCUCUGAAAAGUUACGUAUUGGCAACAAACGCAACUUACCAGCUCAUAAUAUGCAAAAAGCUGAGAAAAUGAAAAGGUGUGUCAACUGCGCUAAACGGCGCAUAGAAAAUAGGACAUAUAAUAUAUGUGUCAUGUGCAAUGUACACUUAUGUUACACAAGUACCCGAAAUUGUUUCGCGGAGUACCACAACUAA